GUUUCGGUGCAGGGAGAUUGUCUCUUCAGCGCGCGGCUCCGAAAAAGUCUUUUUUCCGAUUGUUUGGCUGCAGGGAUCGAGAUUAACCAGACAGAUUGGAAGGAGGGGGCUGAGAGAUAAGGAGGAGGUUGCACGAACUAUAACGGUUAUUAUAAAUGCUCGCAAGCCGUUGGAAUCGGAUCUGAGAGAGAGAAACUGGGAAAGAUAAGCUAUUUUAACAUUUAUUUAUUGAUACCUCUAAUUUAACAGGCACCAGACUCGUGCUCCAUGCUUUAUCUUUGCUUUAAUUUGACAGGCAAAACCUCCUAUCGCCCUGCUACUUUUACAUCAUGUCUGUCCCUAAGUUUGCAUAUGUUAGAUUCCUCGAUGAUCAGGAAUGUCGAGUUGUGCGCAUUGCAGAGGACAUCAAACAUUUCGACCCAUCCAAUCAUCACGAGUCCAAAGUCUACCUGGUGCGACGGAGCCUGUCAGGCAGCGCAUCCGUGGACUCUGAUUCGGGGAAGGAGAACAAUGAGAGGGAGGGUGAGUUUUGCAAAGAUUCGAUCAAACAGAAAGUAUGUAGCGGGCCAAGAUUUAGGAUGCCCAAUGUGGACACCGCUGUCGAGGUGGACACCGGCAGUAGUGAUGUUCCCUGCACAUCUCUGGUGAGGAUGAAGAGGCAACUCAAGGAUGCGAAGGCAGCCAGAAAAGACAAGUCUGCUCAAACAAGUGUGACCCAAGACUGUCAGCUCUCAGCCAUCACGAAUGGGUGGAGAAUGGGAAGGGGAAAGGAUGAUUUCAGUUCGAGCAUGAUUCCAGCCUCCCAGUCCCAGAAGCAGCUGGAGGAGAGGCCUUCCCAGUUCCAGGAGCAGACCAAGGAUGAGAAGAUCAGGAGGUUGAAAGAAGAGAGGGCAGCCCUCCGGCAGAGGGUGGAGAGGCUUGAAACUCUCAACUUCCAGCUCCAAGAAGAAAUUGUUGCACUCUCAAAAAAGGCAAGACUAUCAGACAGGCCUGACGAUGCACCAACAUCACCCAAGCAGAGUCAAACCCCAACGUUUCUCAGACUGGGAGAGGCAAUCAACAACCAAUUGUACACUCCAAUUGAUGGCAAGGUGCAAUUGUUAGGUGGCAUUGAGAUCCCGGAGAGAGAAUGGCGCAUUGUCAACAGCCAAAGGACAAAUUCGCUGUUCGUCAAGUCCCUGGCUGUUGCCAUCUGGGGGACCGCUACGCUCAGGGACAGGUCGGUCUGUGGGAGAGUGUGCCCACGGUUUAUCCACACUGGAGGUAUUCCUCCAAAGGCAAAGCCUCCACUCUCUCCAAGGAAGUUGAAUGCUGUCAAAGCGUGUUUCACCCAUCAUCUCCACACCCAGGGAUUAAGUGCAGAGGCUGUAACAAACGAGGUCAAAAAGAUGAAUAAUUACAUCACUGAGAAAAUCCAAGACCUUAACAGGGCUGAAAUCUGGGAAUGUGUCUAAGUGUGAACUUACAUUUUAUCUGUAAUUAAACUGUUUUUAAUUUAUCUGUAAUGUAACUUUUUCUUGUAUCCUAAUAAAAUUUGAAAUUUA